AUGACAUCGAAUAUCGCUGAGUAUUUGAAUGCAGCAAUCAAGGCAGCUAGGGAAUUACCAAUAAUAACGCUCCUUGAAAGUUUAAGGCGUUUGAUGCAAGAAUGGAGUUACGCUAACACAAAUAUUGCAAUUUGUAUAUUUACUAAGCUGAUAAACAAAGCAGAACAUGAACUCAGAAAUCACUAUGCAUCAUCUUUAAGAAUGAAGGCUUCAACAUCUGUUAGAGGUUUGCACAAUGUGGAAGAUGGUGAUAAAACCGUUAUAGUAAAUCUUAAUGAAAGAACAUGCACAUGCUGCAGAUUUGUUGAUUAA